AUGAACCACGACCCGUUUGCCUGGGGAAGACCCCGUGAUGACGUUUACGGUGCUUACAACCGUGCCAUUGCUGAUGCUGGAUUCAAAGAAACGCUGGAAAUUCCGACCAAACACACCCAGCAGCCUAUAAUCACUGGAACCUCCGUAUUGGGACUCAAAUUCAAGAACGGAGUGGCCAUUGCCGCAGACAAUAUGGGCUCGUAUGGGUCACUUCUCAGAUUCAGCAAUAUCGAGAGAUUGAUUAGAGUCGGGGACGAAACGAUUGUGGGCAUUUCAGGAGACAUAUCUGACUUGCAACACAUUGAGCGUCUUUUGCACCAAUUGGAAACAGAAGAAGAAGUCUACGAUAGCGAUGGGGGCCACAACUUGCGUGCUCCCCACGUGCACGAGUACUUGACGAGGCUCUUGUACAACAGAAGGCUGAAGAUGGACCCCUUGUGGAACGCCAUCAUUGUUGCCGGCUUCAACGAUGACAGAAGUCCCUUCAUGAGAUAUGUGGAUCUUUUGGGUGUGGCGUACGGGGCACUGGCUCUUGCUACAGGCUUUGGCUCCCACUUGGCUAUCCCCUUGUUGAGAAAAUUGGUGCCUUACGACCUGGACUACGAGAAGGUGACCAAAGAAGAAGCACACGAGGCCAUCCUCAACUCCAUGCGUGUUCUAUACUACAGAGAUGCCCGUGCAGGUGACAAGUUUACGUUGGCAGUGUUGACGUUCGAGGAUGGGAAGGUGAAUGUGAGCUUCGAGCAGAACCAAAAGGUGGAGAACCAGAACUGGCAGUUUGCUAAGAACAUCAUCGGCUACGGAAGCAAGCAACUAUAG